AUGUGCCUGACACGUUCAGCUGCUACUCCGUCCUCUCCAGUGUCGAGCCGGUCGUUUCUCUCUCGGCUCAAAUCGCCCUUGACAUCCAAGUCUCGCAACUACACUGAAUUCUAUAUUCAAUCAGAUGACCCCCAUCGCCAUUACACGCCAGGCGAUAUCAUUAGUGGGACUGUCAUUAUCAAGAUCGUCAAACCACUGAGAAUCACUCAUUUGGUCGUAUCUUUGCACGGCUAUGCGCAGGUUUUCAAGAACCCAAAUACUCCCGGAGACGCUUACAAGAACUACUGCUCAACAGUCGGCUCUGGGAGAGGGAAAAAGGCAGUGAGCUACUUUGGCAAUGGAUUCGUUUCGCUGUUCGAGGACGAGGUUGUGCUUUGCGGCGAGGGAAGACUGGCUGAGGGUGUAUACCACUUCAACUUCGAGCUCGAGUUCCCUUCCAAAGGCUUACCCAGCAGUAUUGACGUGAGUAGCGAUUCAUCUGCGGCUGACAGACUUACUAACAACCAAUCACAGUUCGAGCGCGGAACGAUAUCUUACAUGCUCAAUGCCACCUUGACACGCCCCACGACUAUGUCGCCGACUGCGUCAUGCGACACAAAGGUCUACCUCACCGAAUCGAUCGACAUCGCGCCCGUACCGCAAUUGAAGCCCCGUGUCAUUUCUCUGGAACCCAUAUCUAGACGAACACGCGCCAGGUCGACGCGGAAAAGGCCAAUAGAGGAAACGCCACAUACACCCUCUGGUUCGGAGCCUCAGCCAGUGGGGCCUGUAUUGGAAGCAACCAAGACCAUUGAUGAGACGGAGGGUCCACGGAGCCCCUCGCCUAGCGAUGUGAGCUAUGAGAGUCAAAGGAGUAGUGGAAACGCUUCCGGAACGGAGUACGGCAUUCGCUCGAUCAACACGGCUACAGAUGGAUCAAACUCACAAAAUGGAAGUCGAGCGACACUGAAAGGAAAGACAAUCACAGCCACGAUCGACGUGCUCAAGGGCGGCUUUCUCAGAGGCGACCAAAUACCGAUCAAAGUGACUGUGAAUCACACGAAGCAUAUACGAAGCUUGAAAGGCAUCAUCAUCACGUUAUAUCGUCAAGCAAGAGUUGAUAUGCAUCCUGCACUGCCUGUCGUACCCAACAGCAAAGGAGACAAGACCAAGUCAGAAGAUUACUAUCCGAAAUCGAGGACUGGCCUAGGAGGCUUGUCCCUCUCGUCAGCUGGAUCCAGUCACUUGUUCCGAAAGGAUCUAUGUCAAUCGUUCGCACCACUUUUCGUUGACCCCAGAACGCUCAUGGCCGAGGUGAAGUGUGCGGUGCGCGUACCGGAUGAGGCUUUUCCCACAAUAUCAAACGUACCGGGCGCAAUGAUAUCCUUCAAGUACUACGUCGAGGUCGUUGUAGAUAUACAAGGCAAGCUCACAGGUCUCGACCGAAUGGUGUCCAACGCUGGGCUUGUCAAUCUGCCUUCUGCAGCUGGAGGUACCUCUGCCAUGACACGUGACGAUGCUAGCGGCAGCAUGUUCUCGACUUGGGGAGGCAACUUUGUCGACACCGAUCAGAUUCGCCGCGAGAAGGGCAUCAUCUCUGCUUUAUUCGAAGUUGUUAUCGGCACCAGAGACAGCGACAGGAAUGGCAAGAAGAAACAGAUACAGGAACAGCCGGCUGAUGACAAUGGCGCCUACGGCGGAUACAACGAUGAGCAGGGCUACGAUCAGUACUACUACGAGCAGGACGAGAACGGGCAAUACUACGAUUACAACUACGAUCCAACGUAUGACGACGUCCCCGGAUAUGAACAGCAUAGCGCAGGCAGGGCACCAGCGUUCCCUGUGCCUGCAGUUGUUCCUCAAGAAGAGCAGGGGAUAUCGGAAAAAGAACGGUUGCGACGAGCAGAACAACGCUUACUACCUUCCCAACCGCCAGAUGCUGCUGGAUCUUCCACGCCUUCAGGGGGUGCUCAAUAUGGCAUACCUGCGUCAGCGCCUGUACUGCCGGAAGAUGAUGAUCCAAACCCUCCUUACGUCGCAGUUGCUUCAUCAUCUUCGACUCCAGCCCAUCCUCCGCCCCCAUUCCGUGCGACAUCUUCGCCAAUGUUGUCGUCACGCAUGACAUCAUCACCAUCGUUACAGCGCCGUGUUACGAACAUCACAGAUGACGAGACGAGAACAAUUCGAACCGAGUCCUCGCAUACCAUACAGCCCAGUCGAUCAGAGCCACCCGUUAAUGGCGAAGACAACGACCCAUCAAAACCACUGCCGCCAUUACCACCCCAAUCGCCACAUACGGCACAAGGCUCCGCACCAGAGUACGUCGCUGGUUCAUCAUCACAUGUCGAACCCACCGAUGACAAGCAGGAAAUGCAGCGACGCAGACUGGAGAUGGAAAGAAGUGCACCGCCCACAGACAAUGAUGAAGAUGGAGAGUCCUCACAUGCUCCUUCAGCGCCACCACUCGACAGCAUGCGGAGCUUACAAUUGGUACCCUCAGCGCCUGCGCUAAACGAUGAAGACGAAGAUCUUGUGGGCGCUGUACGCCCAGGUCGAAGUACGCAGGGUGCGCCGCAAGAUAGCAGGCGGCAAAGCGAAGCCUUGCCGGAGUACCGGAGGUGA